UAAUAUCAAAUACACAUAAAUUAAAUUACAUAACAUUCAAAUCAAUAUAUUUCAUGGCUUUGGCCUCUCUACAAACCUCAACAAUAUUACUUUGUUCAUCUUACCCUUUAAAGAGAAUAAAGGCUGCAAUUCAUAUUCCAAAAUCCAAUUUCUCAGUCCCUAAGAUCCCUACUACUACAAAGCAUGUUGAGGGAUUAACAAAGUCACAUGUUCCAUUACUUGAUCAAAAUAAUGUGACACAUUCUACAACCUCUAAAAAUACCAUCAUGCAACUUUAUGCUAUCUUAGAAUCUGUUUCUGAUAGAGUUGAAAUGCACAAAAACAUUGGUGAACAACGCCAGAAUUGGAACAACCUACUUCUAAACAACAUCAACAUGAUUACACUCGCUGCUACAACAUUAACCGGUGUUGCCGCCGCCACCGGUGCUAUUGGUGCACCACUUUUAGCUCUUAAACUAUCAUCAACUCUUCUGUUUUCUGCAGCAACUUUUAUGCUUCUUAUCAUGAACAAGAUUCAGCCAUCACAACUCGCCGAGGAACAACGAAACGCUACAAGAUUGUUUAAGCGGCUUCAGAGCGAAAUAGAAAACAGAAUUGCUCUUGGAAAUUAUACAGAACAAGAUGUUAAGUUUUCAAUUGAAAAGGUUUUGGCACUUGACAAAGCUUAUCCACUUCCAUUGUUAGGUGUUAUGCUUGAAAAAUUUCCUGCAAAAUAUGAACCUGCUAAUUGGUGGCCUAAAAAAGAAACUAAAACCAAAACACAACAAGGAAAAUUAAUUGAAAAUAAUAACAAUGGAUGGAGUAAAGAACUUGAAAUGGAAUUGAGAGAAGUUAUUGAAGUUGCAAAGAGGAAAGACAUUGAAGAUUAUGAGAGACUUGGAAAUAUAGCAUUAAAGGUUAAUAAGAGUUUAGCAAUAGCAGGACCAUUACUCACUGGAAUUGCAGCUAUAGGUUCUGUUUUUGUAGGAAAUAAUGGAUCAAUUGCAGGUAUAAUUGCUAUGAUGGCAGGUUCAUUAGGUGCUGCAGUGAAUGCUUUUGAGCAUGGUGGACAAGUUGGUAUGGUUUUUGAAAUGUAUAGAAACUGUGGUGGAUUUUUCAAACUGUUGGAAGAAACAGUUGAGUCCACUUUGGAAGAGAAAGAUUUUGAGGCAAGAGAAAAUGGUGAGAUAUUUGAAAUGAAAAUGGGUUUGAUGUUGGGAAGAAGUGUUUCAGAGUUGAGAGAAUUUGCAUUGAAAUCAGCUUCUUGUCGAAUGGAAGGAAUUGAAGUUGAUGAAUUUGCCAACAAGAUGUUCUGAUUGCUUGUGACACAAGGAAACUUCUGUAGCUCAAUUUCUCUACAGGCUGUUUCACACGUAACAUUAUUUCAUUAAAUUCAUUUUUUUAAAGUUAUUUAGUAGCUAGUAACUAAAUUGUUCUUACAUGACUAAUUUAUUUAAUGUGUACAAAUAUUAAUUUAUUUGAUCUAGAAAGGAAAGUUUCGUUUUAGAUCGAUGAGUGUAUUAUGUGUAUUUCUUUUAUAUGGUUAAUGUGAUAUCCAAUUUGUGAUCUCUUA